AAACCACUGAUAUCAUCUAACCACUAAUGAUAAACCGAUUUAUAUUUCACCAUCAUACAUUAUUCAUUAGAAAGCAUCAUUCUCUCUUCCCAUAAUUCUCUCUGUUCAUCGUUCCUCUGAUUAUGUUUCUCUUCCGUUUCAUUUUGCUCGGUGUUCUCCAUGUUUCUUCUGCUUUCUCAGAACGGUCGAGCUACGUUGUUCACACGGCUGUCACGACAAUGACCUCUGCGGAGAAAUUCAAAUGGUACGAGUCGUCCGUAAAGUCUAUCUCAGCCUCGGGGGAAGUAUUGUACAAGUACAACCAUGCGAUCAAUGGAUUCUCGGCACGGUUAACCCCUGAAGAGGUAGAGUUGCUGUCGGGAAAACCUGGAAUCUUAGCUGUUGUUCCCGAGGUAGUUUACAAGCUAGAGACAACACGAACACCAACUUUUCUAGGCCUUGGUGACAAUGUCGAUGGAGAAGACUUGCGCCAUAACGGCUCAGCCAGCGAUGUCAUUGUUGGAGUCAUUGACAGCGGAAUAUGGCCCGAGAGCAAAAGUUUUAAUGAUAUAGGGUUCGGACCAGUGCCGAUAAGCUGGAAAGGAGAAUGCGAAGAAGGAAUGAAUUUCACGGCUUCCCUCUGUAACCGGAAAUUGAUUGGUGCUAGGUUUUUUCUAAAAGGCUUCGAAGCCGAAAUGGGUCCGAUCAACCAGUCCGAUGACUUUAGAUCUCCCAGGGAUAGUCUCGGGCAUGGUACUCACACUUCCUCAAUAGCCGCUGGAUCUGCAGUUAAAGAAGCAGCCUUUCUAGGAUAUGCCGCAGGUGUUGCUCGUGGAAUGGCUCCACUAGCUCGGAUUGCAAUGUAUAAAGCUUGCUGGCUUGGAGGUUUUUGCGUAAGCUCGGAUGUUUUAGCGGCCAUUGACAAAGCCAUGGAAGAUAAUGUUAACAUCCUGUCAUUGUCGCUGGCACUUAACCGAUUGGACUAUGACAAAGACAGCAUUGCCAUAGGUGCUCUAGCUGCGACUGAGCAUGGAGUUUUUGUGGCCGCCGCUGGCGGCAAUGACGGUCCGACGUCGUCUUCGUUAGCAAACGUGGCUCCUUGGUUAACCACCGUAGGAGCUGGGACUUUGGAUAGAAAAUUCCCAGCAACUAUCAUCCUGGGAAAUGGUAAAGUAUUUCCCGGUGAGUCACUGUUGUUCCAAGGGAAUGGCUUGCCGGAUGAGAUGUUGCCGAUCGUUUACCAUAGAUUUGGGAAAGAAGUUGAAGGCUCCAUCGUUUUAGAUGAUCUCAGAUUCUACGAUAACGAGGUGCGUCAGUCGAAAAACGGCAAAGAACCACUUGGAAUGAUUUACGCCAACAUGGUGUUUGACGGGACAGAGCUCGUCGCGACAUAUGCUCAAUCGCCAUCCGCCGUCGUCGGGAAAGAAAUCGGCGACGAGAUUCGACACUAUGUCAUAACAGAAUCGAAUCCGACAGCAACGAUAAAAUUCAAUGGAACGGUCAUCGGUUAUAAGCCGUCGCCGAUGGUAGCAGGAUUCAGUUCUCGGGGGCCGAAUUCAAUCACGCCGGAAAUUCUCAAGCCCGACUUGAUCGCGCCAGGUGUCAACAUUCUGGCGGCCUGGAUCGGAGUUAAAGGACCCGAUUCUGAAUUCAACAUUAAGUCGGGAACCUCGAUGGCGUGUCCUCACGUGAGCGGAAUCGCGGCACUCCUCAAGGCGGCGCAUCCCGAAUGGAGCCCGGCGGCGAUUCGUUCUGCAAUGAUGACGACAGCGAAAACAUCCAGCAACGACGGAAAGCCGAUCCUCGACAGCGCAACUGGUAAACCUUCCACGCCGUUUGCGCACGGAGCCGGACAGGUGUCACCGGUAUCUGCUUUCAAGCCGGGACUCAUUUACGAUCUGACGGCAAUGGAUUACUUGCAUUUCUUGUGCGCUUCAAAUUACACCUCCUCCCAGAUUAAGAUCAUCACGAGAAUUGAAUUUUCCUGUGACCGGAGCAAGGAGUACAGGAUUUCCGAGCUCAACUAUCCGUCGUUUGCAGUCACGAUCAACAGAGGUGGAGGCGGCGCGUACACAUACACGCGUAUCGUAACGAGCGUGGGAGGAGCUGGAACUUACACGGUUAAAGUCAUGUCUGAUGUUAAGGCGGUCAACAUUUCGGUCGAACCGGCGGUUUUGGAUUUCAAUAAUGUCAAUGAGAAGAGAUCGUAUUCGGUUAUCUUCACCGUGAAUCCAUCAAUGCCUUCUGGAACCAACAGCUUUGGUAGCAUUGAGUGGUCGGAUGGUAAACACUUGGUUCGAAGCCCCGUGGCUCUAACCUGGACUUAGUAUUUAGUGGUAAUGAAACUAGAGGGACUAAUGAAAGAAGGUGUAACAGAUAUUGUAAUGCCCUCUAUUAAGUGUUUUAAAUUUUAAGCUUUGAAAUAAUUUUGUCGCUGUUAGAACAUCUCCAAUGGUAUAUCUUAGCAACAUCUUAACA